UCGCUUUUUUCAUCUUAUUUUUAUUUCGUCAGCUGGAGUCUUUGUGCGGGUUCGCGUUCAAAAAGUCAUUAAGAGCAUCCGUCGUUCGGCAUAAUAAUAAUCAUUGCGGUUGCACCUAAUGAGUCGCGAAAGGAAGCUCCGAUCGUUUCACCUUUAAUGUCGAUGCUCGCAAAAUUGCUCUCUGCGGUUUGCAGAGAAUGAGAUAUUCGUCUUGCAUAAUGGGAAUUAUUCCACGUAAUACGCGUCGCCUUUAUGACGUUCUGUCGCAUUGAAAACAAGAAAAAUCGUGAAUCGCUCGUGAAAGGAAGGAUAUCUUCAUUCCACACCUCACGUCUCGUUCUUCAAUCGGAGAAUUUUGUCGCAACUACCUCGAGAAAUUAGCGGGGCUCUCGCGCAUUGUAAUUAUCGAUAAAAAUCCGGCAGCUUGACAAAGAGAGAGAGAGAGAGAGAGAGAGAGAGAAAAAAAGAGGUAUUCUCGUCCUUUCCCUCGUUGCGCGUCGUACAACAAAAGUGCAAGUGGAAACGCCGGGCGGGACUUUGUUGCACUCCUAACCCCUCUUCGCUGCUCCCUCCUCUUUCGUUCGCCGACUCCUCCUCGCAUUCUCCGCAUCCCCCCUCCUGCAUUCUCCCCCUCCUCCCUCCCUGCCGCGCCCUCCGACCUCUCCCCUCUCGUCUGGGAGCUGCACGCUCACAUGCAACGAGCCAGACCGGCCGGCUAGCGCUCAGUCGCCUUUAGCGCCGUGCAUCUCCGAGUCAGUCAGUCAUUGAGUCAGUCAGUCGGUGAAUCGGGUCGUUCGGGUACGCGCGAGAGGUAUCGCUGCUCUCUUUCUCUUUCCGCUGUGCAACUACUUUACACAUUCUCUUUCUCUCGUCGUUUAUUCGCAUCCCUUCUUUCCUACCUCAUUUGUCCUCUCUCUGCCCUCCUCUCUGACCGGGUCGCGUCACGAAUUCUCUUUCCCUUCUUCCUCCCGCAGAAGUGCAUCACCAAGUGCGCGAUGGCUUUACUUUUCACGUCCUCGUGACGCGACAACAACGUCGGCGGCGAGACGAAAGCGCGUGGAAUACCGUCGGCGCGACGCGAGGAAAGAAUCCCACGGCGUUUGCCGGAAUUUCAGAUGGUUUCGACUUUUAAAAAGUGGGUGUAUGCUUGUGUGAUUGUGGUGCAUCGCAAUAGUGUAAAACCUGCCGUUGUUUAUUUCGAUGGUAGUUGGAAACGAUGUCGUUUAAAAGCUUGCUCAAUCCGCGGCCCUGAUCCGCCACUGACAGUCUUGCUGUGCCAAGAGUCAUCGCCGCCAACGAAUCGUCGUGCUUUCAGCGUGUCGGUGAUCUUAGCAAGUGUCGUCACGUGCUAUACUUGAACCCGUGUAACGACAGCGCAAUGACUUCUCUAGCGGGGACAUAGUGGCGUCUAUUGCGCGACUGAAUGCACGUGCCACGGAAAUUCUAUAUUCCGUUCCGCCUCUUUUUUUUUACGAUUACAAUCUCUCAUUUAACGAUUAGUCGAUUAGUCUCUUGAGAAUAAUAUAUCAAGAUGAAAGAGAUUUUCGUUCUAUUAAUUGAAAAAAAUGGCCGACACAAUUUCUUUUUCCUCUUUUUAUCUUCCAAUAUCCCCCGAAAAUUCCUCCGUGCACGACAGAUGGUCUGGUGCAAUACAAAACGCUCCUCGAUUUACGAACGUUUGCGCGCGCAUAACGAUUCAUCGUCGUCUGCUGUCUCUCGUCUGCUGUACGCGAUUGUUUAACAUUCAAUAAACUGUCCCGCGCGCGCGGACAACAGCAUACGUACGGGCUCUCAUUGUGAAAAAUCAAUGCUCCGAGAUGACACAUAAAGUAUCGGACGACGCGCGCUUGUUCACCAUCAGUGUGUGAAAUGCCCGAAAUGCCGUGACAUUCGUGACAACAAGCGAGCUCAAAAAUUACGCUCAACGACGAGAAUAUCGGUUCAAAGUCCCGUUUUCGUCUAUUAUUAUAUUCACGUGAGGAACGACGGAUUUUCGCGAUAUUUGGGAGAAUCGAGACAAUGUCCGCGUGUCGUGAUGUGAACAAACGCGAAAUUACGACGUAGAAAAUUUUCUCGUUUUAUCCGACGACCGUAAAUAUACAUCACGUUUGUAUAGAAAUCAUUCACGCGUGUAAUACCGACUUAUUCCGGUAACAUAAAUCCUCUCGCGCUAUUCAGUGGACGAGAGCGAUUCAAUCGAGCAAAUCUGCAUCACAUUGGCGGCGCAUGAAAGAGAUCGUGUCUAUCGCGCGCGCGUCAUGCGUAAAAUACAGCGCCCCCUCCUCAUAUAACGGCGGCAUAUUUUUGUCGUUGACCCGUGCAGAAUUAACGUGCCGAUCAAUAUCCCCUCUCUAUAAUAACGUUCAUCGAUCAUGCCCGCCUGCGUCACUCUAUCUCAGUGAGUGAACGUGUUGAUAAUGCGAGAGAGGAUUUUUCUCUCGGGAUUUCAUCGUAUGUCAUUCGAUCGGAAUGCAAUACAAGAAAAUUUGGAUAUCUGUCUUGAUUGCAAAGUUAGAUAUUUCUCGGUUGAUUCGAUCGGCAAUAUUUGUAAUUCGAAAUAUCGCAUCUCGUCCGUUUGAUUCAUCGCGCAGCUUUCAUACAGCACCCGGUACAUAUCGAUCCGCCUAUAGCGUGGGCGCAGUCUUGGCGUUAACCUUGAACUUUAACCUCGGGGCAUUAACGAUUGUCGCGCGAUCUGGCCGCCCACGAUCGAACAAACGCACGAGGAAGGAUCGGCCACCUGCUUUCGAUGCAAUUGUCGGGAAUUAGCAAGGACCCUUGGUCGUGCAUUUCGCGCGUUACGUAAGCGCGUCCGGCCGAGCGCAUUUCCUGCGCGCGCGUCAAGGUCGUCGCGAAACGAUCGGUUUAUUUCGAGAAACUGUAUAAAAGCCGACGAUAAAUAUUUUUAGAGAGCCCCUUGUCGACGCGAAGCGCUUUUAGCUGUCUGGAACAACAGUUCGCUUUUUAUAAUAAACCCUUACGAGCGCAUCUCAAAAAUAUCGCACCUGUCGGCCGACUUUUGCGCGAGCGAAUGAUCGUCUGCGGGGGAGGGCAUUCCCGUGGGACGACCGUGCGGCGACCUCACGAAAGGGCUUUCUCUUAAACGCGCAAAAUACGACCGUCUGCGGACUUUUGAUCUUCGCCGCCCCCACUCUUGCCUUUCUGCAGUUUCAUUCGCGCGAGUCCACAUUGCCCCGAAAGAGUUACGCUUUCAACCGCUUUUACAUGCAGCGAGCAUUACUCGAGCAACGCGCAAAUACGAGUGCGCAUUAAUCGAUCCGAUAAUUUGAUCGAUGAAGAAAGACGGGCCACGGUAAAAAUUCAAGCGCUGCCUACACCCGUGACUAAUUGCACGCGUCACGCUUGCCACACUUAAGGCGAUGUUUCUCGAAUAUAUUCGUCGAGAUCAUCCGUCCGACCAAUCGCGCGACCACUUUAAACACGUUGGAUUCGGCAAGAUGAAAAAUAAUUAUUAUGCCUUCGAUAAGUUCAAAACCGCAGAAUGCGGUAAACGGCGAUAAAAGUCGAGGGAUAACUCACCGAAAUCGGAAUAAAUCGCGCAUUUAUCAACGCUCUCUUUCUUGUCGCCGUUGUCAUAAUGCGUGAUUUGUGACACAAGGGAGUGUAUGUUUACAAGCUACUUAUCGGUAAACGUCAUGGGAUUCGAACAUUUUCAACGUAGGAUACUUCUCGCGUCCGCUAGAAUUGCGCCGCCUUCCCGCUCCUGAAAUAUCACUCUUCUAACCGUAGAGAAUAGUAAAAUAACUGCGGUCGAUCACUAACGUACCAAAGAAGUGCAGUGUGAGCAACCAUACCAAAUCGAUUACCAAAAGAAGGAGCGGCAGGUGGACCAGUAGAAGACGAAAUGACGCGACAGGCUUCCGCUUGAGAGAAAUAAAUUACGACGGGGUGGUUGGUGUGUUUCCGGGGGUGUAGGGGAAGAAAGAAACUGUGAAAGAGAGAGAGUCGUUGAACAAAUCGGUUCACGGUGACGAGUGAAAGUAGAACGGGCAAGCCGAGCAAGAUGAUGAAGAAGGAGAAACCGAUGAUGUCGGUGACGGCCAUCAUCCAGGGGACUCAGGCCCAACAUUGGGCACGCGGCAACACCUGGCUGAGCCUGGACAGCAACAUGUCGAUGUCGUCCGUGGGCCCGCAGAGUCCCCUCGACAUGAAGCCCGACACGGCACUCAUCAAUCCGGGAAACUUUAGCCCUUCGGGUCCCAAUAGCCCAGGAUCCUUCAAUGCCGGUUGUCACAGCAACCUCCUGAGCACGUCGCCCAGUGGUCAGAGCAAGACGGUAGCGCCUUAUCCACCUAAUCACCCUUUGUCGGGCAGUAAACACCUGUGUUCAAUCUGCGGCGACCGCGCGAGCGGCAAACAUUACGGCGUUUACAGCUGCGAGGGAUGCAAAGGAUUCUUUAAGCGGACGGUGCGCAAGGAUCUGUCGUACGCCUGCCGCGAGGAGAAGUCCUGCAUCAUCGACAAGCGACAGAGAAAUCGCUGUCAGUACUGCCGGUACCAGAAGUGCCUGACGAUGGGUAUGAAAAGAGAGGCGGUGCAAGAGGAGCGUCAACGUACCAAGGAGCGGGAUCAAAGCGAAGUGGAGAGCACAAGCAAUUUGCACGCGGACAUGCCGAUCGAGCGUAUCCUCGAGGCGGAGAAACGGGUCGAGUGUAAGAUCGAGCACCAGGGAAAUUACGAGAACGCAAUGUCGCACAUUUGCAACGCUACGAACAAACAGCUGUUCCAGCUGGUGGCAUGGGCGAAGCACAUCCCGCACUUUACGUCGUUGCCGUUGGAGGAUCAGGUGCUUUUGCUCAGGGCAGGCUGGAACGAGCUGCUGAUAGCCGCCUUCUCCCACCGUUCCAUCGACGUAAAGGACGGUAUCGUUCUGGCGACGGGCACCACGGUGCAUCGAAAUUCGGCGCAACAGGCGGGCGUGGCCUCGAUAUUCGACCGCGUGCUCUCGGAGCUGGUGUCGAAGAUGCGCGAAAUGAAAAUGGACAGGACCGAACUCGGGUGUCUUAGAUCCAUUAUUCUCUUCAAUCCCGACGUGCGAGGUCUCAAGUCCAUCCAAGAGGUCAGUUUGCUGCGCGAAAAAAUUUACGCCGCCCUGGAGGAAUACACCCGUGUGUCCUGGCCGGACGACCCCGGCAGGUUUGCCAAGUUGCUGCUUCGCCUACCAUCCAUCCGUUCGAUCGGUCUCAAGUGCCUGGAGCACCUGUUCUUCUUCAAAGUGAUCGGCGACCCACCGAUCGACGAUUUCCUCAUGGAGAUGCUAGAGUCGCAAUCGGAUACUUAGGAGCAGAAGGUGUGCCGCGUCCUGGGGCACACCGAUUUGUAAAAAGCGGACGACGAAAAAGAAGAUGAUUAUGAUGAUGACAACGACGACAACGAUGACGACGACAAAAGAACACAGAGAGUCGGUUGCGCAUUCGGCCGAUUUCUUUUCUCAUCUUUGCUCUGUGGCGUCCCUCCUGCAAAUAUCACCAUCGGUUCAAUCGUCAAAUGAAAUAGAAUUUACUUACUCUUCACCGCUGCCCCCCUCGUCCUCAUCUAUCUCCUCCUCUCUCCCGUCGCGUCCCGUUAUUUAUGUUUAUGUUAGAAUUUAGCGACUCUCGUGUCCAGUGUAAAGAGGCGAUCUUAGCCGAUACGUGAUAAUGGUAUGCGUGCGCAUGUGUGUGUGUGUGUGUGUGUGUGUGUGUGUGUGUGUGUGUGUGUGUGUGUGUGCGCGCGCGUGCGUGCGUAAAAGCAUCGCGAUCAGUUGUAAAUCAGCUGAGAUGUCAAUGCUCGCCGAAAAGCGACUUAAAUUUCUGUCGAAAAAAUUGGCAGCUUCGCGACGCGAGAAAAGGAAGGAAAUGAUGGAUAGAAAUUUAAGAUUCGGCGAGUGCGGACGCGCGCGGAGAAGCUGUGGAUAGAUAGAGAUCCUUAGAAAUAUCAUCAAGAACAAAUCGUUGCCUCUUUAGUCUGCGGCAUGUGUCGUGCCAUCAUCCGGACGAAGAUAUAUCUCACAGCCGACGAUCGGAUCUUUGUUUUGGAUGGACGGACGGACAGACAGACAGACAGACAGACAGACAGACAGAUGUUGCGUCUUUGUCGAAUUGCGUGCCUCUCGAAGUCGCGUUAGUUCCUUAAAUGACGAUUAUUAUAUUUCUCUGCUUCACAUUUUUGCACACUUUGUUACCUCCCGUGAUCUUUCUCUUCUCCAUCCUCUCGGCAAAUUCGACGAAGACGCAGACUGUGCUCGCGAGUUCUCUUUACAUUCCAACUCGAUUCGGAUCGUUACUUUACAAAAAACCUCGCAUACAGAUGUAUGCACAUACUUGCAUCAAUAUACGCGGCCCUUGUGCGCGCGCGCGCGCAUUAACAAUAAUUUAUUGUUUUGUAUUUUAGAGUAUAGAAGAGAAACGAAAACUUACUGAUUCUCAUUAUUAAUUAUAUUGAGUAUACAUGGUAACUCCCCUCCUCUUGAGUUCAGCAGCAUGUAACAAAGUUACUGUGAACGAAAUAGUGAAAUUUUGACAAACUAAAGCGUGCGAACCAAGUAUUUACUUCCAGGGUGUUUCAAGGUAUUAGGGUUUGCGUCUGUUUUUUUUUUCUUUUCUCUCUCUCUUUUUUUUUCCCCCGACAUUCUUUACCAACAGCCGUUGCCGGUGUUGCACAGCUUUUAGGCAGGUUUUAACACGCGGUAAACACUCGCAGCGCUAGAAUAUGCUGUCUUCUGAUGUUUGGUACAAAUUUGACAUGGCAGCAAAUAGGAUAGACAUUUUUCUCUAUCGUAGAGAGUUUACUGGCAUUAAGAUUUGUUUUUUCCCGGCGAAUACGUUCAACGUACGGCAGAAGAUGAAAGAAGAAAAGGAAAGAAAAUAGAAGAAGGACGCGCGUAAGAGCCUCUCGAACCUCUUGAAGAACAGACGUUUUGCGUGCGCGCGAGAUGUGUAAUUAUUCUAUGAAUCUAGAAUAAGAAUUAAUUGAUCGUGGACAGAAUUAAGAUAGAACCCUACUCUCGUUGUUAGUAAUUUACAGAACGUGUGUGUCACAUGAUUCGAGCUGAUGGAUCGGCGAUGAAUUCGUAAAUCCAUACGAAACAGGGCGUGCUUGUUCGGCCGGUCACCUUCGGAACUUGACAGCAUGUAAAGAUAUAGGAUACACAUAUAUAUAUUUUUCUAUAAUGACAAUCUCUAUCUCUGUCUACUCUACUUCCAAGAGUCGAAUUAAUGACGCUCGAUUCACAGACGAUGGGCAAAAUUUCGAUAUUACGUUGGGUCCCGGACCGUGAAUGUCGGGACACUCAAGUGUCAUCGUACAAUCUAAGUUCGGUAAGUUAUAUAAUAAAUAGAUAUGAGAGCGCUUACAUACGCGUUUCUAUAUCGACAGUUUUGUGAGAAAUUUUCGCGAUCGAAUGUGCGUCUCCCACGGUGGGACGUAAUGUAAUAAUGCGUGCGUUAAUUUUUUUCUCGUUUUAUCGUUUAACGUGACGGAACGCGGAUAUCGUACAAAUACCUGUGACAUUUCGCCGGACACUUUCAGCUCCAAUCAUUGAUACGAUUUACUCUACUACUUUAGAAACCGUAAGGGAAUGAUCAUACUUACUUCAAUAAUAUAAAUUAUGAUAAUAUUAUUAUAUAUUAUUAAACACACAUAUUUCUAUUUUUGCGUGAAUGCCUACGAUUGUUAGUUGUUGGUUAUUGUUAUCUACUUGAUGAGAGUUUUUAAUGUUAUGCAUACCGUGGAAAACACAAACGCAAUUAUUAAAUUCAUACUUUUUUUUUCCUUUUACAAUAUAGUGGAGUUGCUGUUCAUUUCA